AUGGGAUGCUCGUGCUCGUGCCUUGCGUUCGACGAUGACGUUCCCGAUCCUGGCGCUCCUUCCGGUGCAGCUAUCCCCGCCUUUCAGCCACAAUCUCAACCCGCGACCGCGGCGGGCCCGCAACGGUCGUCGAAAAUAGCCGUGCCGCGGCAGUCAAUAGACGAUUUCAAGGCGGCGACGGACAACUUCUCGCCGGGGAACAUGCUAGGCGAGGGGUCGUUCGGGCGCGUGUACCAGGGCUCGCUCAACGGCCGCACCGUCGCGGUGAAAAAGCUCGAAGCGAGCUCGCAACCCGACAACGAGUUCCUCGAAGGGGUGGCGACGGUGAGUCAGCUGCAGCACGACAACGUGACGCAGAUGAUCGCCUUCUGCGCCGACUGCCAUCAGCGCGCGCUGGCCUUUGAGUAUGCUACUCACGGCAGCGUGCACGACAUACUGCACGGCCGCAAGAUACCGCGCAAGACAGACGACCCGCCCAUAACGCUCACAUGGCACCAGCGAGUGAAGGUAGCCCUGGGAGCAGCCAAGGGCCUCGAGUACCUCCACGAGAAGGCCAACCCGUCUCUCGUGCACAAAUCCGUCAAGUCUGCCAACGUGCUGGUGUUUGAGGGGUUUGAGGGCAAGAUCGCGGAUUUCAAUGUGGCGAACGAGGCCCCGGAUCAAGGGUCACGCAUGGUGUCCACGCGUGUGCUCGGCACAUUCGGAUACAACGCACCGGAGUACGCCACAUUGGGUCGGCUAACACAGAAGAGUGACGUGUACAGCUUUGGCGUGGUGCUGCUAGAGCUCCUCACAGGCCGCAAGCCGGUAGACCCCAACAUGCCCCGAGGCCAACAGUCGCUCCUCGUGUGUGUGGAUAUAUGCCUGAGUGUGCUUGACAACGCCCCUCUUCCCGUCACUCAUCUGCUUGCCUCCUUCUUCGCAGUACCACCCUCCCUCACUCCCCCUUUUUUGUUGGGGGGGCGGAGUGGUGGUUAUCUGAUCAACAUCUCGAUUUUUUUGCUGUCUUAA